UUUACUUAAAACUUAGAAACCAUCACUUGUUUUUCAUCUCACUUUAGCAAAUGGCUUCCACAGAUGUUGAAUUCACGUGCUAUGUUGGCAACCUGGAGUCGGACACAGACGAAAAAGAUCUCGAGAAUGCGUUUUCUCAGUUUGGCGACGUUAUAGAUUCUAAUGUCGUUUACGAAAGAGAUUAUGACUAUUAUGAUUAUGAAAACGACUACGAAUGUGAGCUUCCGAUCUCCAUAACAACGAAAAAGGUAUAUGGAUUUGUUAGUUUCAAAGAUGAGAAAUGCAUGAAGGAUGCAAUCAAGGGAAUGAACCGUCAGAACCUCGGGUUAAAGACCAUUAAUGUGCAAGAGUCUCACUCAUCUCGGAGGCGUCGUCGUCGUCGUGGU